AAGCAGGGCACGGACAACUUGUCAGUGUCAGUUGAUUGACAGUUCUAGACCCUGGUUCUAGAGUCCAGCAAUAGAAAAAUUCUUUCUGAAAGCAAUUAACAACAAUUAAGAAAGCAUGUCUGAUGCUGUAAGCAAAACACCCAAGCCUCAGUUGAGAGGACUUUUGCACAACCAGAUCAAGCGGAAUCUCAUCUGGGCAUGUGGUAUGUGCUUCGUAGCAGCAGUGGCCCAAAAGUUUUUGGUGAAUGACCACAGGCAGAACAUCUACGCCGAGUUUUACAAGAAGUAUGAUAUCAACAAGGAGUUCAACAAGAUCAGGAACAAGGGAUUGUUUGACUCAUGUGAACCCGAUAAUUAGACACGAUGUGUGUUCGGGAGGAUUAGAUCUGAUCUUGUAGGUUAAUUUUGUUUAUUUGCGAAUAAAAUCUAGUAAAAGUAG